CAGUUUACCGAUUAUUCUUUAAUGAUGAUUAUGGAAAGUUGGUCAGAGAAAACCAGCCAUAUGGCUAGUUGAUUAAAAAUUUUUAUUUAAUGUUGGUAACUAACAGAAGAUUGAUAAGUACUGUGACAGGGUGGGAGCUGAACAAAAAUGAACUGGAAGAUACAUAGCAACAGAAAAAUCACAUUAGGAAAUGCUUUCCCCUAUAAAGAAAAUAUGAAACUUGGUUAAGAUUUAAUUAGAUAAAUAUUUUGACUUUUAAAUCAUACUAGUGUGACAUCUGUAUUUUUGCAAGUAUAAAUCUUCAGUGGGUCAAAUUACCUGUGGUUAUCAUGGAAUCUCCCUGGCACCUUUUAGUUGAAAAACUGUACAACUAGCAUAUAGCUGUUUUUCUUGGACACUUAUUAUUUGGUAUUAUAUACUUGGUAGAAAUGACUUCCUCUACUUAUUGGUUCUGUAGUGAAAACAAAAUAUUAAAAAUUAUAGGAAAAAAUAGCUGGGUGUGGUGAUAUAUACACCUAUAGUCCCAGCUACUUCAGAGUUUGAGGUUGCCUGAGCUGAGGAGUUUGAGAACCACCUGGUCAGGCUGACAAGACUGCAUCAGAUUUAUUUUUAAAAAUUAUACCAAGUUCUGGAGUACAUAUGCAGAACGUACAGGUUUGUUAUAUAGCUAUAGACGCACUAUAGUGGUUUGCUGCAUCCAUCCCCGUCAUCUACAUUACAUAUUUCUCCUAAUGUUAUCCCUCCCCAGUCGUUCCACCCCAUGCUAUCUCUCCCUUACCUCCCUCUCCUCCUGACAGGCCCUGAAGUGUGAUGUUCCCCUCCCUGUGUCCCUGUGUUCUUAUCAUUCAACAUCCACUUAUGAGCUGGAAUCCUCUUGCUGGCUGAGAGUUCCCGGCAGACGUGGCGCCUGAACAGGGACCUGAGAUAGGGGAUUUUGGUGAUGUUCAGGUGAGUGGCUGCAGCAGUAAGUACUAAAAGAUUCAAAGAGGUUUUGUAUAUACAAAGUUUUGAGAUUUUUUUGUGUGUGAAAAUCAAGGUUACUAAGUGUGAAUAAUCAGGAGUAAAAAUGGGGCAACUUGAGUCAAAAGAACAUAAGUUGUUUGCACAUUUACUGCAAUCCAUGAUUAAGGCUCAAGGGCAUGAUAUAAAACUGAGUCAGGUACAGGAGUCUUUACAAAUUAUUCGUGAAUUGUGUCCAUUGGUCCCCAAAGGUGGAAUUUUGGAUGAAUAGGCUUGGGGACUUAUUGGAGAAAAAAUUAGUUAUUUUUGUUCUCAUAAUGACAAUCUAACUCAAACUGCUAUAUUAAACACUGUUUGGAGUAAGCUUCAUGGAUGUGUUUGUCCCUCUCCAUUGCUUUCUGCCCCUCCUUAUCCUUCUCCUCCUCCUUCAUGUGCUCCACCUACCUAUCAAGUACAGGCAGGUCUUGCACCCGGGGAUUCAGAUUUUCCCCCAAUAUUGCCUGAACAAAAAGAAAUUGCCAAAAGAGGUUCUUGUAGUCACCAUAGUGAGUAUGAUUCUAAUUCUUAUGAUGUCCCUCUGACAGGUUAUAGUGCAACCUAGUAAGCCUCCAGAAACUAUGCCUAACUGGCAACCUGGUCCCAUUAUGCUUACCUUGCCCCUGAUUUUUUGAAACAGUUUCAAGAUUUACUUUCGCUUUGUUCCUGUGCUGUCUCUAAUCAACAGUGUGAUAAAGGGAAAUGAAACAGGUAUGGGAUGUUAUCCUACUGGAGGUAUGCCUAUAACUUUAUGAGCCACAGAUACUGCUCCCAUGACUCCUUUAACUCAUGCCUUGUUGUCUCAUAAAAGAGGAUUUACUAAUGUAGAUAGUAUGUUCCCUUCCCUUUUCCCUGUUGAAGUUCAAAAUGCCCAAGGACAGUUCAUAGAUAUCAGCCUAUUCCUCCUAAAACAUUGAAGGAAUUAAAGGAGGCUGUUGCUCAAUUAAAGGGGCCCUAUGGCCCCUUAUACUGUCUCACUUUUAGAUAAUCUGACUACAGAAGCUUUACCUCCACAUGAUUGGGGUCACCUUGCAGAAGCCUGACUCUGGCAGAGAUUAUCUCCUUUGAAAAGCUGAUUAUGAGGACCGUGCUUUUGAUCAAGUGCAAAGAAAUUUUACUCAACAAAUUCCUGUUCCUUUUGAUAUGCUCAUUGGCAAAGGGCAGUAUGAAGACCAUAAUGUUCAAGUUCCGUUUCUAGAAAUAGCAUAUGGGCAAAUAGAUACUUUAGCUUUACAGGCUUGGAAGCAGUUUACAGCUACAGGGGCUAACACUGAAGAAUUAGCCAAGGUUAAACAGGGCCCUGAUGAGCCAUAUCAGGAUUUUGUAUCCCAUGUAUUAGAGGCUGUAGGCAGCUUAGUUCAAGAUGGAGAAACUGGCACUCUAUUGGUUAAGCAAUUAGCAUAUGAAAAUGCUCAUCCAGCCUCUCAAGCAGCUAUAUGGCCAUGGAAAAAGAAGGGCACGCUUGCUGAUUAUAUUCAUUUAUGUGCCAGUAUAGGGCCUGCUUAUCAACAGGGGCUUGCCAUGGCUGCUGCUCAAGCAGGAAUGUCUAUUGCCACUUAUGUAAACAGUAAAUUUAAUAAUAAAGGAGGACAGGGGUGCAAGUGUUUUAAAUGUGGAAAUUCUGGCCAUAUAGCUUGACAAUGUACAGGAGAAUUGCCAGGAGGAAAGGAAAUUCCUGUUGCAGGAACAAAUAAUGGUUCUGGGCAACAACCUGGAGAAUGUCCUCACUGCUAUCGUGGAAAUCAUUGGGCUAAUGAAUGUCACUCUAAGCGGGAUGCACAAGGAAAUUAUUUACAGCCUAAGUCAGGAAACGGCCAGAGGGGGCUGUCCCAACCCCCACAGAAAUUCGGGGCACCUGUCCUCCAGGAGAUACCAAAUCUGGGAAUGGCCAAUCCAUUUCUCAGCUCUGUAGGGCAACACCAGGCAGUGCAGGACUUGACCUCCAUCCCUCCUCCCGAAAGGUAUUGACUCCGGAGAUGGGCCCUCAAGCUAUUUCUACAGGAAUUUUUGGUCCAUUCCCUCAAGGUCAUUUUGGCCUCCUGUUAGGUAGGAGUGGAUGGACCAUGAAAGGAUUACAAGUCCUUCCAGGAGUUAUGAAUACAGACUACACAGGGCAAAUUACGGUCAUGGUUUGGGCACCACGGGGAAUAUUUACUUUAACUCCUGAAAAGCCUAUCGCUCAGCUCCUUCUUAUACCAAUAAACAUUUCCAUAGGUAACUCUUUCCACCAAAGCACGGGGACGGUCAGGUUUUGGAUCCUCAGAUCAAGCUUAUUGGGUACAAUCUAUUAAUGCCUCUUGCCCUGAAUUAACACUGUGGAUUAAUAGCAAGCCUUUUAAAGGGUUACUAGACACUGGAGCUGAUAUUUUUAUUACUUCAGCUAACCACUGGCCUUUACAAUGGCCUUGUUUUCCUUCAAUGACAUCCUUACAGGGCACUGGAAUAAGUAAAAAUCCUGAACAAUCUACUGUUAUUAAAAUGGACUGAUGAUGAAGGACAUGAAGGGCAUUUUCAUCCUUAUGUUCUCUCUGAACUCCCAGUUAAUCUAUGGGGUUGAGAUGUUUUAGAAGCAAUGGGAGCUAAACUUACUACAGGAAAUAUUGCUUGGCAACUCAUGAAACACCAAGGUUAUCAGGAAGGAAAAGGCCUGGGUAAAGAUUUACAAGAAAUACUGGAACCUAUUUGUCCUCCAAAAUAUGACAGACGAGGUCUAGGGUAUUUUUCUCAGGGGCCACUAAUCUUCCCAGUGCCCAUGCUGAUGCUAUUUGCUGGAAAUCUAACUCUCCAGUGUGGGUGGAACAGUGGCCCUUGUCUAAAGAAUUUUCUUCUGCUCGAGAGUUGGUUCAGGAACAACUUGAGGCAGAACAUAUCCGACCUACUCAAAGCCCUUGGAAUUCUCCAAUAUUUGUUAUUAAGAAAAAAUCUGGUAAAUGGAGACUUUUACAGGAUUUAAGAAAAGUUAAUGAAACUAUGGAAAUAAUGGAACCUCUCCAACCUGGCUUACCAUCUCCUGUGGUAAUACCACAAGAUUGGAAAUUGUUGUUGAUUUAAAAGACUGUUUCUUUACUAUACCUCUGGCUCCAUAGGAUUGUAAAAGAUUUGCUUUCAAUGUCCCAUCUACUAACUAUGAACAACCUUGGGACAGAUAUGAAUAAGUAGUGUUGCCUCAGGCCAUGGCUAAUAGCCCUACCCAUUGUCAAACUUUUGUUGCAAAAGCUAUUCUUCCCGUAAGACAACAACAUCCUAUUAUUAUCCAUUACAUGGAUGAUAUACUAAUUGCUGCUUCAUCUAAGUUUCAUUUACAGCCUGCCUUUGUGCAAUUACAAUGUUUGGAUAAUGCUGGAUUGCUAAUUGCCCCAGAAAAAAAUCCAAUCUUCUGCCCCUUAUCACUAUUUAGGACGAAUAAUUGAAUCACAAAAAAAAAAUCUUAUGAAAUUCCAAAACCUAAAUACUUAUCAAUUGAAAACACUUAAUGAUUUCCAAAAAUUUCUAGGGGAUUUAAAUUGGACCAGACCUAGUCUCAAGCAUACCACCGGAGAUUUAAAACCCUUAUUUGAUUUUAAAAGGACCUUCUAACCCUACUUCCCCUCGCCAACUUACUCCUGAAGCUAUACAAACACACCAGAUUGUCCAUAGAGGCUUGGCAAAACAAAAAUUAAAUAGAGUACAGGACAAGGCACCCUGGAGUUUGUGUGUUAUGUAUGCAGUACAUGCCUACAGGUGUUUUCUGGCAACAAGGAAUAUUAGAAUGGUUACACCUUCCUGCCACUCGUGGAAAAGUAGUCACUCCUUAUGAUUUGGUCGCUGCCCUGGUUGCUAAAGGCAGAACUCAUGCUCUUGCACUGUUUGGGCAUGAGCCUCCAGAAAUUGUUGUUCCCUAUACAGGCCCUCAACAAACUUGGCUUUGGCAAUUUUCAGAAACUUGGCAAAUUGCUUUUGCUGGUCUCGCAGGAAAUAUUGGCUGUCAUCUUUCAGCUGAUAAAAGUUUACAAUUUUAUACUCUUAUUUCCCCCCAAAAAUGUGUUAAAAUACCUUUGACACAGGCACAACUAGCAUUCACAAAUGGAUCUUCAUCUGGUAUUGCUGCUGGCUCUGUUAAUAAACAACCUUUUUCUUUUCAGACUCAAGAAACCUCAGCCCAACGAGUUGAACUCCUCGCAGUACAGUUUGUUUUGUCUCACUGGGAUGUUCCCCUUAACAUUUACUCUGAUAGCCAAUAUGUUGUUCAACUUGUACAAAACCUAGAGACUGCUCCAUUAUAUUCUACUGAUUCUUCCACUAUCACUCACCUUUUGAUUCCUCUACAGGAAUCUCUCCGAUGGCACUAUCAUCCUUUCUUUAUAGGUCACAUUCGAGCUCAUUCCAACCUACCUGGACCUCUUGGUGAAGGAAAUCAACAGGCUGAUCUUCUUACUCAAUCUGUUUUUCCAGUUCUCACUCCCCUCCAACAAGCACAAGCAUCUCAUGCUUUACAUCACCAAAAUGCAUGCAGUCUUCAUUUACAAUUUAAAAUUACUCGAGAACAGGCUCGACAAGUUGUUAAGCAAUACUCUGCAUGUCUCCCCCACUUGCCAGUUCCUUUUCAUUAUGGAGUUAAUCCUUGGGGACUGCAAAGUGGCCAUGUAUAUCAAAUGGAUGUUACCCAUUUUGCAUCUUUUGGUAAAUUUCAAUAUAUACAUGUAACCACUGAUACUUUCUCUCAUUUUUUAGUGGCUUCCGCUCAUACUGGAGAAGCUGUUAGGGAUGUUAUAGCCCAUUGUUUAUUAGUCUUUUCUAUUCUAGGCCCUCCUAAAAUCCUUAAAACUGAUAAUGCUCCUGCUUACAUCAGCAAAGGAUUUAAUCAUUUUUGUUGUCAGUUUCAUAUCCAACAUCGUACAGGUAUACCCUAUAAUCCACAAGGACAAGGAAUCGUUGAAAGGGCUCAUGCAAUUUUGAAAUUGACUUUACAAAAAAUAAAAAAGGGGGAGUCAGGCGCUGAUCUGCAUAGGACUCCUCAUACUUGGCUUAGACAUGCUCUUUAUGUUUUAAAUUUUUUGACCCUUGAUAUAGGAGGACAUUCCGCUGCCGAGCGUUUUUGGCACCCAAUCCCAGAGCACAAGCUGAGGUGCUAUGGAAAGAUGUACUAACAAAUGGAAUGGGCCUGAUCCAGUCCUCAUAUGAGGACGAGGAUAUGUUUGUGUUUUUCCUAGAUCUGCUGAGCCCUUUGUGAAUCCAAGAAUGGUUGGUAAAACAUGGAGUUUCUCCCGAUGGGAAAUCCUGGGACUUUAAUCCCGUGACUGAGAUGACUGCAUCUGACUCCUCCCACACCCCGACGCUGUCGAAAGCAGCAUCGCCUGGCACAGAACACCCAUGUCUUCCUUUACCUACUUGGGUUCAAAUGAAGCACUUUUGUGCUGAAGCAGCCCAACUUGUGGACUCACAGGGUACCCCAAAAACUCCGACUGUAAUGUUUAUAGCCAUGUUAGCUAUCCUAUCUUGUCAGGUUCCAGGGGGAAGGGCAGAAGAACCAUCUUUGUGGGCCUGUGUACCAGAUCCCCGGGUUGUGCCCGGUUACAUGUAAUGAUCUCUCAUUUACAAUAUACAUUAAUGAUACUACUAUUUUGGGGCUCCCUUCAUCUUCACAUAUCACACCCCAAAAGGCAGCAUAUGCAUUUACUGCUUGAGCUGCUGCACCUCCUGUGUACUUUUAUGCCUCUCGUAUUUGGGCUGGGGCCCUCUUGAGACAACAGUUGAAUGAUAAUUCUUACUCAGGGCCUAAUUGUUUAGAUUUGGGAAAUCAACAAUACACGUUUGAGGGAGAACCUGAUCUCAGACCAGGAGAAGAAACUUAUGCCAAUCGAGAUUGGGGAAAAUAUUAUUUAGCAAUUAAGGAAUCUGAAAAUGUAACAUCUCUGCCUCUCCCUUCAAAAAAACCCUUCCUGUGUUUCAUUUACACAAUUCUUUCCUGAAACUCCUCCUUGAAGGUAAUGUUAUCAUGGACAGGUUGUAACAUACUUUACCAACUGGUCUUGUUCUGUAUGAUUGGUCUGUUUCUACUCCUUUGUCAACUGGGUACGAUCGUCAUGAAAGUCCAGGAGGAUGGAUUACUCCUUUUUUAACAACUUCUGGUCAGACUCACUCCUCUAUCUGGAGACUACUUUUAGCUUUAACCCCUAAUGUUAUGAAAGCUGGUAUAAGAAGCAAUUAUUCGCCUCAAAAACAAUUUUUGUAUAAGCUUGUGUAGCCUCCCCUAUGCUAUUCUUUAUGGAAACAUAUCUAUAAGUGAAAUAAGUGGACAUUAUUUUAUAGCUUGUCCCAAUUGUGUUCUUACUAAUUGUAUCAAUUCAACUGUCUUUCCCACUCCUGUUAUUAUGAUUGUACAUCAACCCCCUUAUGUUAUGCUUCCUGUUAAUAUUUCUGGGCCUUGGUAUGAUGAUCGAAAAUUACAAGUUAUACAACAAGUUAGAAAUCUAAUGAUAUGCCCCAAAAGAUUUUUAGGAAUGCUUAUUGUUAGUAUUGUUGCAAUUGUUACUGUUCUUGCUACUGCUGCCACUGCUGCUGUCAGCUUGGCCUAUAAUAUACAGACUGCUGCAUAUGUUAAUCACUUAGCCAAAAAUAUUUCUAUGUCCUUAGAAACUCAAAUGGAUACAGAUUAAAAAAAAAUUGGAAGCAAAGGUAAAUGCCCUGGCGGAAACUGUUACUCUUUUGGGAGAUAGAGUAUAUGAUAUUCAAAAUCGUCUUUCACUCCGAUGUCAUGCUGUUUCCUUUUAUUAGUGUUACCAAUACAAAAUAUAAUGCUUCUGAAUGGCAGUGGUCUUUAGUCAAGGCCCAUUUGCAAGGCAUAUGGUCUCAUAAUAAUUUAUCCUUAGAUAUUGAUAAAUUGCAAAGACAAAUACAUGCGAUGGAUGCUUCUAGAGAACGUCCUCAGGAUAUGAUAGCUAAAGAUAUUGUAGACAUAUUGUCCUCUUGGAUGCAUUGGUCCAGAAUACCAUCGUUAUCUUCCCUAAUUGGCCUGGGGAUAUUAGCCCUCCUUUUGAUUCUCCUUUUACCUCUGAUCUCUCGAAUCCUGUUCUGAUCUCUUCGUCAACUGCAGUUUGAUCUGUUUGAGUUGCAACUCAAAAAUAAAAAAGGGGGACCUGUUGGGAGUCCUCCCAUGUGAAAUCUUGCAAAGCGAGUUUCACAAUACGGGUGGUUUGAGCCCAGACGCAGAGUCUUCAAGAAGAAGGAACUUAAAAUAAAGGGAUCAAGAAUACAAAGGAGAAUCUAGUUAAAAGAUAACCAUAUGGAGAAAAAGGGAUCUGUAAAUUGGGAUCACAUGCAGUCAUGAGGCACAAUGUUGUAUGUAAACAACACCUUUAAUCACUACAUCUUAUGGUCAGUUAUUGUUUAUCAGUCAUCUAUAUUGUAGCGGGUCUGUGAUUUAUCUACUUGUUUUUCUUCUUGCAAUGACAUAGAUAAGAACCUGGAAAAUGUAUAUAUUCUGAACCUCUGUGAAAUGAAGUUGUUGUUGGAGCAUUAACUCCUCAACCCUCCUGA